CCGCUCUUCAUGGUCGCGAUCACGCUCGCGCAGGUCGGCGUCUUCGUCGCCUGGUCCGACUACGUGCGCCGCGGGGCGCUCGGCGGGCCCGUGUCCCUCGCCGUGAACAUGGUCGGCGACUGGCCCAAGUGCGGCGACCAGCGCGGCCAGCUCUGGCGCUACGUCGGCUACCAGUUCGUCCACGCGGACGCGUCGCACAUCAUCUACAACGCGAUCGUCCAGCUGACGCUGGGCAUCCCCGUGGAGCUCGUCUACGGCUCGCCGCGCAUCUGCGGCAUCUACCUCGUCUCCGUGGUCGUCGGCGCGCUGGCCGUCGUCUUCGCGACGCCGCAGUACAUCAUCGUCGGCGCGUCCGGCGGCGUCUACUCGCUCUUCGGCGUGCACUUGGGCAACGUGCUGCUCAACUUCGAGGAGUACCGCGCGGGGCUCUGCAACCGCUGGAUGCGCAUUUUGGCCCUCGGGCUCUUCGUCUUCGGGGACCUCGUCCAGUACUACGAGGCGCGCGAGGCCGGCGGCCGCGCGUCGACGUCGUACGCGGCGCACCUCGGCGGCUUCGCCGCGGGCUUCGUCUUCGCGCUCAUCUUCCUCCACGAGAUGGUCGACCACCCCAUGGAGCACUGCAUCCGCCGCCUCGCCUGGGUCGUCGCCGCGGCGUCCGUCGCGUUCCUCGUCGGCUGGAACGUCGUCAACGACCCG